CGGCCGCCGUGUAACGGGUGACGUGUCCGAGGAAGCGGAGCGGCUGCGUCCUGCUCGGUCUCCAACAGAUGAUCCGCCUCUGACAGCCACAGCUCGCCUCUCGCCGCGUGUAAAAGCUGGGUAAAUCCUGGGGGAAGCUUCGUCUCGUCGACUGAGACACGAUGUUCGCGUUUCUGCGCGUCUCCGGCCUGUUUUUCGGCCUGUUUCUGGGCUCGGCGCUGCUGUUGCGGGGGGCGGCGGGCUUCUACCUUCCGGGUCUGGCGCCUGUCAGCUUCUGUGAGAAGCCUGCGGAGGGAGACGACAGCGGGCGGGAAUGCCAGGACAAAAUCGAGCUGUUUGUGAACAGGCUGGAUUCAGUGGAGUCUGUUCUGCCUUAUGAAUACACAGCGUUCGAUUUCUGUACGGUCGAGACUGAGAAGCGGCCGUCAGAAAACUUGGGCCAGGUGCUUUUUGGAGAGCGAAUUGAGCCUUCUCCAUAUAAGUUUUCUUUUAAGAAUAAGGAGGAGUGUAAGCAUGUGUGUACCAGGGCGUACAACACUGAGAAGGCGGAAGAUAAAGCAAACCUGGACUUCCUCAAGAAGGGCAUGCUCCUGAACUACCAGCACCACUGGAUCGUGGACAACAUGCCUGUGACCUGGUGUUAUGAUGUGGAGGAUAAUCAGAAGUUCUGUAACCCCGGAUUCCCCAUCGGCUGCUACGUCACAGAAGCUGGUCGGCCCAAAGACGCGUGCGUCGUCAAUUCUGAUUUCAACGACAAGGACACCUUCUACAUCUUUAACCAUGUGGACAUCACCAUCUACUACCACGUGGUUGAGCAUGAGGCUGCAGGAGCUCGGCUGGUCGCAGCAAAGAUGGAGCCCAAGAGCUAUAAGCAGGCUAAGCCAGAGGCUCCAGACUGCCAAGGGCCUCCCAUGAGCCUCAGCAACAAAUAUAAAGGAGAAAUUAAAAUCCCUUACACCUACUCUGUACAGUUUGUGGAGGAACAGAAAAUUCGAUGGGCCUCCCGUUGGGAUUAUAUCCUGGAGUCCAUGCCUCACACCAACAUCCAGUGGUUUAGUAUUAUGAACUCCUUGGUGAUUGUGCUCUUCCUGUCUGGUAUGGUUGCCAUGAUCAUGCUGAGGACGCUGCACAAAGACAUUGCACGCUACAACCAGAUGGAUUCAGUGGAGGACGCUCAGGAGGAGUUUGGCUGGAAGCUGGUUCACGGUGACGUGUUCCGGCCACCUCGUAAAGGCAUGCUGCUGUCAGUGUUCCUCGGCUCUGGCACACAGAUCUUCAUCAUGACCUUUGUCACCCUCUUUUUUGCUUGUCUGGGUUUUCUCUCCCCGGCGAAUCGUGGAGCUCUGAUGACGUGUGCCGUGGUGCUGUGGGUUCUUCUCGGUACUCCAGCUGGUUACGUCGCAGCCCGCUUCUAUAAGUCAUUUGGUGGGGAGAAGUGGAAGACCAAUGUCCUGCUCACUGCAUUCCUCUGUCCUGGAGUUGUAUUCGCUGAUUUCUUUUUGAUGAAUCUGAUCCUGUGGGGCGAGGGCUCGUCGGCCGCCAUGCCCUUUGGCACGCUGGUGGCCAUCUUGGCUCUGUGGUUCUGCAUCUCCGUCCCUCUCACUUUCAUCGGGGCUUAUUUUGGCUUUAAGAAAGUUGGCAUUGAGCACCCAGUGCGCACCAAUCAGAUUCCUCGACAGAUUCCUGAACAGUCCUUCUACACUAAACCCCUCCCUGGAAUAGUGAUGGGUGGGAUCCUGCCUUUUGGAUGCAUCUUCAUCCAGCUGUUCUUCAUCCUCAACAGCAUCUGGUCCCAUCAAAUGUACUACAUGUUUGGAUUCCUGUUCCUGGUCUUUAUCAUCCUGGUCAUCACCUGCUCAGAAGCCACAAUCCUGCUCUGCUACUUCCACCUGUGUGCUGAGGAUUAUCACUGGCAGUGGCGUUCGUUCCUCACCAGCGGCUUCACGGCAGCUUAUUUCCUGGUUUAUGCAAUACACUACUUCUUCUCCAAGCUACAGAUCACUGGCCUGGCCAGCACAAUCCUCUACUUCGGCUACACCAUGAUCAUGGCCCUCAUCUUCUUCCUCUUCACAGGUACGAUCGGAUUCUUCGCCUGUUUCUGGUUCGUCACGAAAAUCUACAGCGUGGUGAAGGUGGACUGACCAAUCUCAACCAAUCACAGCCUAGACUGGACUCUCCUCCACCCAAAGGGCUUCCCUUGGGGGAGGGAAAAGAGCGCUGUUGUAAAAGACGUCCUGAUGCCCUGGCAAACUAACGACUCGAAACUAGGUUCUUCAAAUCUUCAGCUUCCGUUGGUGUGUGCGCGUGUGUAAAAAGAAAAACAAAAAUGUGUGUUUUUGAUUUUUUUUUUUUUGUGUGUGUUUUUUUUAUUUUAUUUUUUAUUUUGCACACAUGCUUAUAAGAACAGCACUCAUAUAUUAUAAUUAUAAUAAUAAUAAUAUUAAUGGCAACAUGUUGCAACAAAGCGCACACACAGCCACCAUUGCGUCACCAUUAUCUCGAGCAUUCGCGAGAUUUAAAUUUCAAAUUGAAAUUUGUAAAUAUGAUUUUUUGCUAAUGUUGAAGCACAUCAACUACAGAUAUAGGUAGCUGACGUACAUUGUUGAACUGUUGCGGUGUUAGAAGUAUGAUCUUGUAAAUAUCUUCUUCUUUAUCUCUCUUUUUUUCGUAAUUUUUUGCUGAAAAAUGUCCAAAAAAGCAGCAUAGAACAGAAAAAAGGCUGUGAGUUGUUUGUUUAUUUGAAGCGGGGGGUUGUUUCGUUUUCUCUUCAUGCUAUCGGUAAUUUUUCGGUAAUUUGUGUGUGCGCGUUAUUAUUAACCGGGGAGGGCUACCUUUCUUUUAUUUAACACUCGCUACUUUCGUUUUAAUUUUAGUUUGUCCUGUCUUGCUAUUCGUUUACGCCUCUUCAACACUGUUCUUGUGCCUCGCCAUUAAAUGAGGUCAAAUUUUAGGGUGGAAAUUUUUACCACCUUAAUAAUACUGCUGACAUGGCGAACAUUGAAUAAAUGGUAGUUGCUAUCCAGCUGCUGCUAGCUCUGGAAAACUGGGCACGUAUGUAUAAAGAUCUAAUCUAAUCUGAUCUAGGGUCAGUUUUUGCCUUUCAUAUCCUAUUGUAUACAGUAAAAUAGACAUUCUGGAUCUGAGAAACUGACCCUAAACACUUUCUCCAUAUGGACCCAGCAGUCGCUUAUGUUCCCUUCAUCUUAACAUG